UCUCUCUCUUCAAAUAUGGCACUCUUAGCAGCCGCCGUCAAGCGAGCCUCACCGAUGUCGCGGGCCUUCGCUCCGAUCCUCCGUUGCAUGGGCAACGUGCCGGAGAACACCGUCUACGGCGGCCCGAAGACCCAAAGCCCGGACCAGAGAGUCACGGUGACCCACUUGAAGCAGAAGUACAAGAAGGGCGAGCCCAUCACCAUGGUCACCGCCUACGAUUACCCGUCUGCGGUGCACUUGGAUUCCGCCGGCAUAGACAUUUGCUUGGUCGGUGACUCGGCGGCGAUGGUGGUUCAUGGCUACGACACCACACUGCCCAUCACGCUUGAUGAAAUGCUUGUUCACUGCCGAGCCGUGGCUCGUGGCGCCAAGCGGCCGCUUUUGGUUGGGGACUUGCCCUUUGGGUUUUAUGAGUCGAGCUCCAAUCAGGCUGUUGAUUCAGCGGUGAGGGUUUUAAAGGAAGGCGGAAUGGAUGCGAUCAAAUUGGAAGGUGGGGCACCUUCGAGGAUUACUGCGGCAAAAUCUAUCGUCGAAGCUGGAAUUGCUGUAAUGGGGCAUGUGGGACUUACUCCUCAGGCCAUUAGUGUUCUUGGGGGUUUUAGGCCUCAGGGAAGGAAUGUUGCUAGUGCUGUAAAGGUUGUUGAGACAGCGCUGGCUUUACAAGAAGCUGGGUGCUUUUCUGUUGUUUUAGAAUGCGUACCUCCACCGGUGGCAGCUGCUGCAACAUCUGCUCUUCAGAUUCCUACAAUUGGCAUUGGAGCAGGGCCUUUUUGCAAUGGGCAGGUGCUAGUUUAUCAUGAUCUUCUUGGAAUGAUGCAGCACCCACAUCAUGCCAAGGUUACCCCGAAAUUCUGCAAGCAGUUUGCACAUGUUGGAGAAGUCAUCAACAAAGCUCUAGUAGAAUACAAGGAAGAAGUGACUAGCGGUUCAUUUCCUGGCGCUGCCCACAGCCCGUAUAAAAUCAGUGCUGCUGAUGUUGAUGGCUUUUCAAGUGAGUUACAGAAGUUGGGUUUAGACAAGGCAGCAUCUGCAGCAGCUGAAGCAGCUGAGAAGAUCAAUAGAAGCAAAUAACCUAGAGGAGGCAACCCAACAAGUGAACGGACAAAGAAGAAUGGUUUUAUUUGCUAGUUGGAAGAAUUUUGCACAAAUUCGAAUAAGACCAAGAAUCUACAGUUCAAUUGAGUACGGGCGCACUCCAUCCCUGUUGCGGUUUAUCCGACUUUCAACUUUGACAGGCUUCAGGAACGCGGUCUCCCGGGCUUUCAACUUUGACACUUCACAAGCUAGGGAUAAACGAUCUUCCAAAUUUUCAACUUUGAUCUUUGCAUUGUAAUUCUUGUUUUCCUCACAAGCUUGGGAAAAUAUAUUAUGUAACCGCUUGAUAAUUAUUUUGUUUUUGUUUUCAUUCUUUCUUGAAAAAGUCCAUAAAGUUAAUUUUGAAUUUUUUUUUUUUUCCUUUUCA